GAAUGAAUCAUUACGUUCGUCUGGAUAUGUCGUCCAAAAAACAGUGUAACGCGUAAGUACCGUAAAGUUAUAUAUUGCAUAUAUAUUGCAUACAUUUUUCAACAUUUAAUUGUAUUUUUCAAACAGUUUUAGCAAUCGGCGUUACAUGCCGUAUGUUCCUCGAAGCAGUUAUACGCCAUCCGUUUCUCGACAUGAAACUGUUUCGUGCAAGAAACAGCAUGAUGCUUCUGAUAAACCUCGUUACACGCCUCGUAUCAUGAGCAGGAGAUUCGCCCUGACAUCUACUGCGUACAAAUACUUGGAUGUUGGAAUCUGCGUGGUACCUGAUGCAUCCUAUGUGGAAUUCAUUCUCGGCGACAAUCGUGGAAAUAAGAUGGCGUUAAAUCAUUCAACGUGGAUGGAAUUUAAUAAGAAACGUGCCGAAAUAGAGCAGCUCUUCAAGUCAACAGACGCAUCAUCAUCGGUACAGAUUGACAAUUUAGUUUUAGAACUUGUUAGAAUGUACAAUAAAAAAGUUGUAAAAUUCACGUUAGAUGACACUUGCGUGUACAUGAACAUGUCAACUGUAUUAUUUUUACUCAAUCUCGAACAUUGUGUAGAGCUUGUAUAUCGCAAACUGUCGGAGGAUAUAGAAGCUGUAAAUGAAAGCUUCGAGCAAUUUGUGUGUUGUUUGCAAAGUAAUAUGACUAGUGCCGAGAGAGAUGAUGCAAUUGGUAUACUGUACGAGGUAUAUGAUAAAACUUCUGUCAUAGAUUGUGAAUUAAUAGUUUAUGCUGUAGAUGAACUUAUUGCUGAAACCUUAAAACGAGGUGAUGAACGAAAAAAAUUAAUAAUAUUGUAUAAUAAAUAAAAUUUUCAUCCGAUCACCUUCGAUCCUGUGACGGCUCAUAUUGCCUUAAUUAUAUUUAUGUAUUGUAUUAUUUUAUUACUGAGCCUUCUUCGUUCUUUUCUUUAUUUAUAAAAAUUUUCAUCCACUAACAUUUUUUUCUUCUGCUUCCUACCCAUACAUAUAAGAUCGAGGCGAAGAUGUACACGUUGGUAUGGACAUGUCGAGACUUGUUUGAACACGUCGAGACUCGUUUGGACACGUCGAGAGAAGGAGAAAUAUUACGGUUCGUCUUGAUGCGUGGAUAGAUUUUAAAUCCUUUUAGCUAAGCUUAUAAUCCCACAUUUCAAAAGAACGUUCAAAUUGAAGAUCUGGGUCGAAAAAGACAAAGAGGGGGUAAAAUAUAUUAGCUAAGCUUAUAUAAUCCCACAUUU